CUCCAGACCCAGACUCCAAUUCCAGCCUUGAUCCCAACCCAGCAGCUAGACACGAUACCACCCCACAAGAACUUGACCAACCAGCGCAGAGAACUAAACCUAUCCUUACCUCCUACACGGUUCUCCAGCACGAAUUGAAUCACCCAGCGUGCGACCCCUUUCGUCUUAUACUCCAACCUCGACAACGACCCCCGCACGACCACCACCACCACAAUAAUAACAACAAUGGGCAACAUCUGCUCCAAAUCCUCGAACGAACCCGACGCCUUCGCCCGACCCGGCCGCGUCCUCGGCGCAAACGACACCACCAACACCACCAGUGCAGCCACAACGAAACCCUCCGGCCCGCGCGCCUCGCUCCCGAAAUCCCACUCGAGCACAAAUUGGGGUUCUGGCCCGUCAGGAAGGACAGUCGGCGGCGAUGGUACCGCUGCGUCAACACCCGGGAAGGACAAUGAGGAUGCGAGGGCAAAGGCCGCGUUGGCGGCGCAGAAACGUGCUGAGUCUGCGAACAAUACCGCUAGCAAGGGGAAGCUUGGGUCUAAGUUGGCGGAGCAGAGGGCGCAGACUCAGGCGCAGACGUUGGUGAAGGCUAGUCAGGAUGAGAUUGCGGCUAGGGAUGCGGAUGGGGCGGCGGAGGCGCGGAGGUGGGAGUGAGUGAUGGAGAAUUUUGAGCCGGUUUCGGUGUUGUAUAUAGAUCGGGAGGUGUAGAGUUGGUGGG